CUUUACAACAUAUAUUUUUUCCUUCAAUAUUCCUUAAAAAAAUAUAUAUUAUAUUUAUUUUCAUUACAUAUACCCUCUUGCUCUACCUUGUGAUUGUUGAGAAGAGAAAAAUCAAACUUUUGAAAGAAGAAUUUAAAGAAUGGUUGAUGAAUUCAUGGAGCAAUUUCCCUUGAUUCAUCAAAGCUGUUCUUCUUCAUCUUCAGGCAAUAACGUGACAAGAGAGCCUCCUAAGAGAAUUGGUAACGUAUGGAGUGCAAUAGCGCACAUAAUAACAGGAGUGAUAGGGGCAGGGGUGCUGUCUCUAGCAUGGUCGGUGGCGCAACUUGGUUGGAUUGGAGGUCCGAUUUGCAUUGUGUUAUUUGCAGGCACAACCAUGGUUUCUUCAACCCUUCUUAGUGACUGCUAUAGACACCCUCAUCCUGAGUAUGGUGCAACCAGGAGUUCCUGCUUCAUAGAUGCAGUCAAAUUAUUUUUAGGAGAGAAGAAGAAACAUGUGUGUGGAAUCAUGGCUUAUGCAACCAUGUUUGGCAUUACAACUGCCUUUGUUAUUACAUCUGCUACCAGUGUCAAUGACCACUUAUUAGAUAACGAUGAUUGGCAUGCCGGUAGAGAUGACCCUCCAUGACUUAGUGGUUGACUUAAUUAGGGCUAUCAAAGGAAAGUGUGAACACAAAAAUGUGAAAGAAAAAAACUUUGAUGCUUAUUAUAGUAUUGGAAUUAUU